AUGGAGAGCUCGGAAGAGCUCCAGCGGGAGCUGGGUGAGGCGUACUCGAGGCGGGACUUUGCAACGGCGCUUCGCGCGGCGAGACGACUGAGAGAGCUCGAGCCCGGUCUGACGUGGACCGAGGCCGAGGCACAGAUAUCGGUCGACGCGAAGAAGUUUGACGAGGCGAUCGGGGCGUACGACGACGCGUACGCGAUGUGUGAGGGCGACGCCGGCGCCGCGGCGCGAGUAUUAGCGGGGAGAGGCUUGGCGCGCGAAGGCGUGUACGAUUUCGCGAACGCACUGAAGGAUUACGACGAGGUAUUACGCUUGUGUGCCGAGGGUGGGUUCGCCCCGGAUCCGUACACGGUGAACGCGCGUGGGAACGUCAAGGGGUCGCUCGGAGAUUGGGCCGGCGCGAGGGACGACUACAACGACGCGGCGAGGCUGUUCCAAGGCGCAAAGGGAUUCAAAAACGGCAUGAGCACGACGCAGAGGCUCGAUGGGGCAAUAUACGCCCAAGCGAACGCCGCACUUGCGAGCGUUCAGCUCGGAGAGGAGCAAAAUGCGCUUAAAUCGCUCGAGGGGCUCGUGCGCAGAGCGCCCAACUCAGCGGACGCUCGGGCGGCGGUGGCGUCGCUCUAUUACUCCUCGGGUAGAUUUGAAGACGCCGAAGAAAUGUGGGUCCAGGCGUGCUCCCGCGAGAGCGGCUGCGCGCAGUACAAGGACAUCGAUUACGUCACCCGCAUCCGCCGUUGGCCCCCGGCAAUGGUGGAGAAACUCAAAAGUUUCCUCGCCGUCUCGUAA